AUGGUUAAAGUUGCUGUGCUGGGUGCAUCCGGUGGUAUUGGACAACCAUUAUCACUAUUAUUAAAAUUAAGUCCUUAUGUUUCAAAAUUAUCUUUAUAUGAUGUUAGAGACCCCUCUGGUACGUCAGUAGACCUCUCUCAUAUCAAUACUAUUGCCGAAUGUCAAUCCUUUGAUAAAGAUCAAUUGGUACAGGCAUUAGGAGGUGCUCGAGUUGUAGUGAUUCCCGCCGGUGUCCCUAGAAAGCCAGGAAUGACGAGAGAUGACCUGUUUAAAGUUAAUGCCAGUAUUAUGCGUGGAUUAUGCGAACAGAUCGUUCAAGUAUGCCCUCUGGCUACUGUGUUGAUCAUUUCUAACCCUGUCAAUUCAUUAGUGCCAGUUGCUAUAGAGACAUUUAAGAAACAUGGUAUUAAUGACGCCUCUAGAAUUAUGGGGAUUACUACUUUGGACCUGGUUCGGGCAGAGACAUUUUUAGGUGAUUAUAUGAAUAAUUCAAGAGUCACUACGGUUGGGUCUAACCAAUUCGAUAAGAGAAGAAUGCAUAAAGUGGUCAGUGUCAUUGGUGGACAUUCGGGUCAUACGAUCAUUCCAGUCAUGUUAUUGAAACCAAUGGUAUACAUGAUGAAACCGGGACAAUAUGAUUCUUUUAUCCAUAGAGUUCAGUUUGGUGGUGAUGAAGUGGUCAAAGCUAAACAAGGGCAAGGGUCGGCUACUUAUUCAAUGGCAUAUGCAGGGUAUAGGUUUGUAGAAUAUGUUUUGAAAAGUAUUCAACAUGAAUCUCUUGAGGGAUUAGGCUAUAUCCCUGCUUAUGUCUAUUUACCUGGUUUACGUAAUGGUUCUCAAGCACAGGCCAAACUAGGCUCAAAGGAAUUGGAAUAUUUUUCAGUACCAAUUCAAUUGGUCAAUGGACGUAUCGAUGCAGUCGAUACGACUAUAUUGGAUAAGUUGUCUGAACAAGAGAAAUUGAUGGUGGAGAAAGCUGUUCCUGAAUUGAUUGCAAAUGCAAAGAAGGGACAACGAUUCAUUCAUAAUGCAGCCAAGUUGUGA